AUGUACCAUCAAUCGCCAUUCGGAUUUGACGAAAACAACAAGAGACAUCACUCUGAGGAACAGUCUACCCAUCAAUCUCCACAAACUCAUUCAUCACCACAGUCCAAAUCACAACAUUUACAAAUCCCACCGCAAAAUGGCCUAGAACGCACAAGAAUACUGGAUUUAGUGGCUACAAUGGGUCCUUAUGACAAUCCUAUACCAGAUCUCGAAAGUUAUACAUUGCAAAUGAAUCGUAUGCUCGAUUGGACUCUAAGUUCAAUCAACCGUACACAGUUUGAGUUACUUGAAGUUUGUUUUGUUGUAUGUUUGGAGCUAUAUGUCAAAUUAUUUCAUGUGUCUCCCCCUAAUGCCAGGAGUUUUAUAAAAACAUUCAGCGGACCAUUUUUGGAAAGGUACGAAAAUCACCUCAGAGAUCUAGCCAUGUAUGUCCACCAUAGUCAAUUGAAGGAAUCACCCAUAUUGCGCAUGAACAGUCCCCUAGAUAAACAUGCCAUAGUGAUAACCAAAAGAGCUAAGCGGUCGUUGAUUUGCUGGCUGACAAAUUGUGAAAGCGUACUAAUCCAAAAUAUACUACAAGAAACUGUAGAUUUUAUCGACGCGUCCACACUCUACGACUCAAGUAAUUCACUAGAGAGAGCCCAGAUUGCACAUAUAUACGGGGUGAAUAUUGAUUGGCUAAACAAGCAUUUGGAACACGAUGGUAGACCAUUCCUUGGCCUAGUGGAAAGACAGCACACUGAUGGCCGACAAACCAUAGGCUCGAAACCCACAUUAUAUACGCCAAUUAUGGGCACCAAUUCUGGCCCACCAACAACCCCUACUGAUCGGCCAGUAAUGACAAUGAAUACGAAUACCAAUAUCAGUAGAGAAGGCCCACUUCCUUUGUCAUCAGGAGGGUCCUUUGGUCAAAUACCGGCCGUACCUGACGAAUUCUCAGCGUCAGUGGAUUUGCUGGUAGACUGCGUUGAGCCACCAACUGAGAGGGAUAAUACCAUUCAUUGGGGAUUGCCUAUGUCACUAUAUGGAUUGGAAUCUCCACAGACAAAAAAUUAUUUAAUAAUCGGCAAGGAAAAUACAAAGUUGGAGGAUGCAAAUAAUUUGUGCCCAUUACCAUCACCGGGAACUGAAAUAUACUCAGUAUACAGGGGCCUAAUCAUAGCCCAGGCGCAAAACCGUGCCAAUAUCAAUUCCAAGGAGUUACCGUGUGUACUGGCCUAUACUUUGCACGAUUCGCAUAACCUAACUAGUGCUAGCAUUAGCUCUCACGAUGGACGAUACAUAGCAGCUGGAUUUCAAGAUGCCACGAUACGGAUCUGGGAUUUAGCAGCUUCCGAAAUAUGCAAGGCAUCUGAGCAUGUCUCUAGCGAAUUGGGACGUGAUAUUGGCGAACACUUGAAGGCCAAAUACCUAGGAUCCCCAGAAGGCAAUACCAAAGAGUCAAACUUGUCAUUUGGACACGAUGGGUUGGUAACUUCGUUAUGUUUCGGAGAAAUGGGCACAGUGCUACUAUCUGGGGGGUUGGACGGCGAGAUCAGACUGUAUUUACCUUCAGGGGCUAGUACCAAGGUUGUCUAUAAAGGCGGCGGUACAGCUGUAUUUGACCUGGCCUAUAGCCCUUUUGGAUACUACUUUACCUCAGUAGAACAAGAUGGAGCAGCUCGCAUGUGGGCAACAGAUCGCAGUUUUUCACUUAGGGUACUGCGUACAGCUGCCGGGGCCAGUAGCGUUAGUUACCAUCCGAACGCGUCCAUAAUAGCGACGGGAUGCGAUGAUGGAGCUCUUAGACUUUGGGAUCUCAGGGCAGCUAAAUGCCAGAGUGUGUUAUCCCCCCCUCGACGUUGUUUUAAUGGAAUGCAGAGGGUGAACAUUUCGUGCAAUGGACGUUUCGCCGCUGCUACAGGCGCCCCACCAAUAGGAUACAAUGACGAGAGUAAUAGCGUUAUUAUUUGGGACAUAGCUACUGGUAGGAUGAUAGACGAGCUUUUUGGACAUCAUGCACAAAUACGCAGUCUUUCAUUUUCCCAUGGAUGCAACUUAUUGGCUGUAGCUAGUGACGACGGUGUGAUGAGCCUUUGGGAUACUUCAAGAGCUUGCGGUGGAAACGGGCCAUUAAUUCAACGCCAUGAUAAGACCAGUCGCAAUGGUAUUGCAAGGUUGGUCAAGGCAUUUAGUACCAGGGAUUGUAGCAUCAGACAAGCGGUAUUCACUCCGGAAAAUGUGUUGUUGGCGUGCCUUGUGGAUGUAUCCUAG